AUGAUAAGACUAUCGAAAUGUCUUGUACCAAAUAACACUACAAGAUUAUCACAACUCUUCAUCUCCUCCUCUACCUCCUCGAGGAGUACAACUAAUCAAUUUAAAGCAUCAUAUUGCUGUUCUACAUCUCAUCAUCAACAUAAUCAUACAACUAUUUCAUCUACAAACAGUAUAGACACUACUACUAUUAAUAAUAAUAAUACAACAACUUUGACAGGAGAUAGAAAAAAGAUAUUAAGUGAUAAUAUAAAGAAUGGAGGUGUACCAUCUUUAAAUCAAUUUAUGAAACAACAUAUAGAUACCGUUACUGGUGGAGUAGUUGAUGGUGAUUCAUUAUCACAACCAUUAGUAGACCCAUUCUUAUUGACUGCAAAUACAACUGGAGAUGGUAGAUCUGUGUUUGUAGAGAGUUAUGGAUGUCAGAUGAACUUUGCAGAUACUGAAGUCAUCUAUGCUGUCAUGAAACAGUCUGGUUAUAUCAUUGCAGAUAGUGCCAAGUCUGCCGAUGUAAUAUUUCUAAAUACAUGUGCUAUUCGUGAGAAUGCAGAGGACAAGAUUUGGUUCCGUUUGACAGAGUUGAGAAAACAAAAGAGAGUCAAACGUUCGCAAGGUGGAAACAUGGUGAUUGGUGUAUUGGGAUGUAUGGCAGAACGUCUAAAGCAAAAGUUACUCGAUUCAAAGAAUUCCGUUGAUUUGGUGGUUGGUCCCGAUGCAUACCGGUCGUUGCCCGCACUUCUUGGCAGAAUCGAGGAUGGCCAGACAGCCAUCAAUGUCAUGUUGUCGGCUGACGAGACCUAUGCCGACAUUGCACCAGUGCGUCACGACUCGAAUGGACUGUGUGCAUACGUAUCGAUCAUGCGUGGUUGCAACAAUAUGUGCUCCUACUGCAUCGUUCCAUUCACAAGAGGACGUGAACGAUCUCGUCCACUCGAAUCAAUUCUCGAUGAAGUCAAACAACUCUCCAAGACUGGGUACAAAGAAAUCACUCUACUUGGACAAAAUGUAAAUAGUUAUAAUUAUAUUCCAGGCGUCGACGCCGAAACCUCAUCGGAACAAGUGGAACAAAAAGACAACAAAAUGGAAAAAGAAAAAUUACAACCAAGAGAAGGAUUCAAUACAAUUUACAAAUCACCAAAGAAAGGUAUCACAUUUACAGAGUUGAUGGAUGCAGUGUCAUUGGUCGACCCAGAGAUGAGAGUUCGGUUCACAUCUCCACAUCCAAAGGAUUUCCCAGAUAGUUUGAUCGAGUUGGUUAAAGUGCGACCAAACAUAUGUCGCCAAUUCCACAUUCCCGCACAGUCUGGUAACUCUGAUGUAUUGGAACGUAUGAGACGUGGGUAUACGCGCGAGUCUUAUAUCGAGUUAAUCGACCUCAUUAAAAGAGAGUUGCCAGACUGCUCGAUAAGCUCUGAUUUCAUCAGUGGAUUCUGUGGAGAGACUGAGCAAGAACACAGAGACACCAUCUCGUUGAUGGAGUAUGUAGGCUAUGAAAAUGCAUACAUGUUUGCCUACUCGUUACGUGAAAAGACACAUGCACAUAGAUCGAUGAAAGACGAUGUCACUGAAGACGUCAAAGCUAGACGACUCAAAGAGGUAAUCGAUACCUAUUACAAAUGUAUCAGAGAGAAAUCAAAGGACGAACUUGGCAAAAAACAUCUUGUCCUCGUCGAACGUCAAAGCCGUCGAUCAGGUGACCAUUUUGUUGGUAGAACAGAUUCAAACAAGAAAUGUAUUGUUCCAAUGAUCGAUGUAACAGAUCCAACCAACAACAAUGAAUCAACACCCAUUAAACUUGGUGAUUAUGUUAUGGUUGAAAUUAUUGAUGGUUCAGAUAUUACUCUACAAUGUAAACCAUUAAUGAAAUCAAGUAUUAAUCAUUUUAAUAAAUAUAUUAAUCAACAACAAAUUUAA